AUGUCAGUUUCUUCCGGUGCCAUCUGUCGUAACGGACUUGAUGGUUGUCGCUGGCCCAGCAUGAAUCCUCGUGUCCUUCUAUGUGACUUCACCAACGAGCAAGCCUUUGAAUGGAUGCGUGAACAUGGCACAUCAGGAGACAAACGGCCUCCAAAGCAUUUUCUCUUUUCCGAUUCAGUAAGUAAUAAGACCAAAACUUCCUCACAAAAUGGGUUUGCCGAUUCUCGGUUUAUCGAUAAGACAACAACAAAUGCAUCAGGGCCCCUUCCGGCUCGACGAACAUCGGAAUCUGCUAGUGCACCUGAGGCGUCUGCUCUUCCUGAUUUCGCGAUAAGCGAGGAAUCCAGCGCGGUCGAUAAAACCCCGACUGCCCCACCAACUAGCAUUACCGACUCGGAGUCGGCUAUUGCGACCUUACCAGAGACGUCAAUUGCACCAGCACUGAUAACGGCCGCAAAUACCACAAAUACUACUUAUCCUGCGCAGGUGCCUGCUAAACAGACUAGUGGUUCUGCAGGAGCACCAUCUUCUCCAGCAAAGCUUUUGGAUGAGCUCUUUCGCAAGACGACCACGCUCCCUAGCAUAUUCUGGCUACCUGUCAGUGAAGAAGAAGCGGUAUGCUUGUGCAUUUUUAGAGCAACUCUUGCUAAGGAACGCCUGCUUGUGCUACCUCGAAAACGCACUCAGACAUUCGAUAGGCAGCGCAGCAAUCGCAGUCCCUUUACAGAGCACUCUUCUGUUCCCCAUGGAUCAGCUCAAACGACCCACUCUGCAUCUUUGUGUCCCACCCAACUUUUGGCUCCUGUAGCAAUAGCGAAUGUUCAUCGCCCAUCCUCUAUUCGCACUGGAGAUGCUGAUAAAGCGGUUGCAUCGUCAACCGACACUCUAACUACGAAUACUGUCUCUGGUCGUGGUGAUGGAAUCGGUAGUGCACCCGGCCGACUUCCUACUUCCUCUAGAGCUUCGGACACAGUGCUAACCCAGACUGACGUCAACAAGCCACCAGUUGCUCCUGAUGGUCAAUCAAAGCUAGUUUCCGCAAAGCAAACUACUUCGCUUUCGAUAAAAGGGGGCUCUGGCCGUUCAGACUCUUUGAAGCUUUUAAGCGAGAAGGCGAAGUCUAAUAAGAGGAGCAGUGUGGAGCAAACUCGACCUACAGAUCCGACAGUCGCGCACUCUGCAAAAUCGUAUCGAGUAACUCCUCAUAACGGUGAAUCGACUUCCCGAAAUACCUCACAUCGCGAAGACCGCCGCACUGGCUCACCUGCUUCUAAGAGAAUUCGCCUAGGGAAAUAA